GAUAGGCGCGUGCACCAAUGGCGGGGGAGGGAAGGGAAGCACGAGGAGGAGGAGGUGAUGGUGAUGGGGGGUGUUAACAGUCCUGCAACCAUCUUUAAUGUCCCGUUUAUAGGUUAUACACUCGCUACAAACUUCCUGCAUGUGGCCGACACUAUAAGCGCAAGUAGAUUUUUGUGUCGCGCAGAGCAUUUGACUAUACGGGCUACGGGUGCUUCGCUUCCCCCCGCUGACUGGGGUUGUUUUGGAUGGUGCGCUGUGGUGGUGUGGUGAGAUCUGGAGAGGCCAAGUCGGACAUUUUAGCCCCGACGGUCCGAGAGCGGAGGGAGGAAACCAGCGAGGGGACAAACCAGGACACGCGCUGUAAGGUCGCAGAGAGGUGAUUGGUGCAGGACAGUCAUGUGACAAGCCCUCGACUUCUUCAGCCCUUUUCACCUCUCACUGUCAGUGUAGAAGUUGUUGAAGUUACACUGUGACCUGCCUCCCUUCAGCUGCAGGCAAUGCCUCAGCCGGGUCUGAGUGGGAUGGAGCCCGUUUUCGGGGAGGCUUAUGGGGGACACAGGGGCCUGCUCAGCCCAUACCCCCUGGCCAUGUCACCCCACGGAGGACGCAAUGACUAUGACCAGACCGUGCUGCUGAUGUUGGGGUCCCCGGCGUCUCCACGGAAACGGCCUUUUGAGUUGCUAAGUGAUCUGGUGGAUGAUGGGGGAUUUGGGGAGGACCUGCAGCCGGAGCGAUGGGAUGUGUCUGCGCUGGACGAGAUGACACGCUUCACCAAACCUGGGCUGGGUGUGGGGGCGGAGCUACUCACCUGCACAGAGGUUUUCUCAGAGCAGACUGUUCUGAUUGGUCGACUGGGCAGGAGUCGAGAGGAACAGGAAGAGGAAGAGCAGAGAAAGAGAGCUGCUACCAAAUCUUUCACAGCCCCUCCUACCAUUAUGUCCCAAAAUGUCCCAAACAACCCCACAUCUGCUGCGAAGGAAACCAGUGCUACCACAUCUGUGACAACAGAGGGGCAGCUAAACGUACCAAAUAGAAUGGGACAGGAGCAGUUGGUCCGAUCUGUGGAGGUCUAUCAAGUGGCGCAGGAGGAGGAACUGACUUUGGAGCACAACUAUUCGUUAAGUCAAGGAGGAGACGGAGAAAUCGGGGUCAGCCUGGAAGAGGUGCCCACCGAAGAGAGCAGAGGAGAGGAGGGGACCGAAACAGAGGAGAUGGAGAGGAGAGAGACAGAGACAGAGGAGGAGAGAAGAGAGGAAGAUGAAGAAGAAGAGGAGGAAGAGGAGGGAGGAGAGGAGACUGCAGCAGAGGCAGAACUGACCAGCUCCUCUGAGAGCGAGUGUGAGGUGGAGACAGAGCCUGUGCGUUCGACCGGAGAGCGUCCUUCAAAGCGCCGCUGUUUUUGGGAGUACAGGCGAUUGCGAGACUCCUCCUCCAAAAAGAAACCAGGGUCUGAGGGUCACUGGUCACUGUCCUGGAGCUCCAGCACUUUGCCCAGCACACUGUACCGACCAGAGGGUAAGAAAGGCCGCCGCAAGGCCCGUAAGACUGAUGCUAGUGACCUGACUCCAAACCCUCAAAAGCUGCACAACAUCGGGGAGCAGCUGCAGAAACUGAAUGCUGCGAUCGAUGGGAUGGGCCCUGUGAACGAUCUGCCAGCUGUGGCUCGGGCACGCUCCAGGAAGGAGAAGAACAAACUUGCAUCCAGAGCGUGCAGACUCAAGAAGAAGGCACAACAUGAAGCCAACAAGAUUAAACUCUGGGGACUCAAUCAAGAAUAUGAGCUCCUGCUGAGUGCGCUGUUGCGGAUUAAAGAAGUGAUACGACGGCGAGUGGAGAGCAGCGAGGAGGAUGAGAGCGACCAGAGGGGCAUGACGCAGAGACUGGAAGACAUCCUAAGACAGUCCAGCGGCCCGCUAGUCGCUGGUCGGACCAAAGACUUUGUUCAGAGGAUCCUUGCUGCCAGCGCUGGAGGCCAGGUCCAACAGAAAGAUCCUGCCCAGGGAGAGGACUCUUCAGCAGGAUAAACCUUGGUCCUCUCCCCCCCUCCUCUGAACCAGACUGGUAAAACUCCUGGUUCAUCCAAGAGGCAUCCAUCUUUUCAUAGCAAAACGGGAGGAAAAAUCUCUGGCUAAUUUUCUCUCGAUCCCAAACGCGACGAGGCCAGAGCUGCUGCUAAUGCUAACAUCUUUGUAUUUUGUCGUUAUGCGUGUUUUGUGUGUGUGCCUGGGUGUAACAUAGUACUCUACUCCUUUAACGUCUGUGCUGUACCCCAUUGUGCCUAAUAUGAGAAUAGACAUUGCACUGUUUUGUAAAGAUUGGUCGUAGUUGCCAGCCAGGGGAGAGAAAGUAGGUACAGGGAUGUCAGGAUUUAACAUUUUUGCUAAAAAUUACAGUUAUAAAAGUCAAAGUUAGACUGUAAUUUUAUUAUUAUUUACAGAGAAUCAAGCAUAAUAGGUCAUAAUAGGUAAAAUAGGUGUUUACAUUUAAGGCCAGCUGCAUUUUAUGAACCAUUGGAGUAUCUGAAUGAGAUCUAUGGAAAAAAGUGUUUCAGAAGGGGAAAUAAAAAUAAAAUAAAAUAAAAUAAAAAACUAAAAUAUAAUAGACUUAUCACAAUAUCUUUUCCAUGUUUAGAGGAAUUAAUUUGAAAAAAAAAAUGUGACUGUAGAAUCCAUAUUGGGCUCAUCACUACAUGCUUAAGGCUACAGCACCAUUUAUCUAAUCAAUAACAGUACAUUACAUUGUAAACAUUUUUAUAAGACUCGGUCAAACAGCUUGGCAACUGACAAAACGGAACAAACAAUUCAAGUGUAACUAAAUAAAAUGUGGCAAUAUUGAUAUACUUGAAAGUUGCUAUGAUUCAUCCAUGACAAUAACUCAAACAUAAAAACAUAGAAAGUUCAACAAAAAUGUGACAUCUUGACAUCCCUGCGUAGGCUGUAAUAGUGAGAAAAGAGCAGAGGGCAGCGUUGAGUGCAUUUGAGGAUAAAAAGGAACAAAAACACAAAUAAGGAAGUACGAAGGAGAGCAGGCCAAUGGGAAACAAAGGCUCCAGUGUUCCCUGUCCGGCUCCUAUAGCGACGCGCUGCAUACCAUCCGGGUCACAUAGGCACGUGAAAUGACAAGUGACAUGAAACAUAACUCCAGCUGUUACCGUGAGGAAGGCUUUAAUUUACUGUUACACUGCAAAAAUAAUAAUGAAAUGACUUGCAUUCACAAUAUUAAUUUUGAAAAUAGUUUUGACUAGUGUGGAGCCAAUGUUUUUAUAUUUCACUUACUACAAAAGCAAAACCCAGACACUAAUCAGUGUUAAAACUGGUACUGAAACUAAUACUCAUUUGAACAGUUAUCAAAAAUCUCAUAUCGAAAUGCCAUUCAAAAUAUUAGAUUUGUAUUAUAUUUUGUAUAAGUAAAAAAUUUAUAUUUGAUCUUUGUUUUAUUUAUUUGACUUUCUUCAAAUAUAUUUCUACUUUUGCACCAUAAUCUUGUGCCAAUGGGAUAAGAUAAUUGAUUUAAAAUAAACUUUCUAAAUUGGCUCAAAAUUUGUUUGAAAGAAACGCAUUAUAAUCAGUUUGGCAAGGCAAUCUAAUUAAUCAAGAUUCAAUUCUGGAUACAAGUCAUUGUCAGAUGUUCUGAUAUUUUUACAGUGUGUAUUAUUCCCAUAGAGUUUAUACUUUUCACCAUCACAUAUGAACAAAAGUCAAAAUGCACCUUAAUUCAAAAUGACCAAAGAAAAUCAACACUGCUGAACCAUGCAAAGACCAAAAAGUCAAUGCUUCUAUGCUGCCAAACAUUUAGAUUUUAUUUCAUUUUAAAAAUCUAAGAAUUGUGAGUUCAAUAAUUUGUUAUAUUCUUGUGUUUACUUAUAAUUAUAGCACGUACAUGCGGUCCAAACUGAAGUUAUUGUA